AUGGAGAUGCCUUCUUAUCCUGGGAUCGAGUUUAGCCCUAGGGAUGAUCACCAGCUGACUUUCUACCUCCCCAGAAAGAUCGCCGAAGGACGAGAUGCCCUCGCGAUCCCAAACUUUCUGAUGCAUGAUUUCGAUGUGUAUUCGACCGAGCCCUGGAACCUGCCUCGGGACACGUUUCGAUACCAAAACAACAAGGACAUGCAUUUCUUCUCACGUAGACAACCAAUCGGCACAAAUUCUAAAAGGGUUCAGCGUACUGCUGGACAAGGUUUCUGGUAUGAAAAAGUCUACUGUGAAUCUCAACAUGUUGGGUAUAAGACAAUCCUGACUUUUAAAUAUACCAAGGGGGGCAAGGAGAUCAACAACAACUGGAUCAUGCAUGAGUUUCAUCUCAAGCCUGCUGAGAACAGUAACAAGUUUGAGAGCAUGGUAAUCUGCAGAAUUCAUAAGAAGAAAACCAAGGAAGAUAGAGAAGGAAGGCCAGAUGUAGACUCUUGUGUUGCAGCUAUUAUUGAACAAGAAGAACAAGGAACGACGACACAUGUAGACGAAAAACGGCAACACAUGUAG